CGCCGGCUGGCUUCGCCGCCUUUCCUCGCGGAGCGCAAACAGUUUGGAGGAAAAAGUGGAGCCGGCCGGGUUGGAUGCUGCCGCCGCCGCCGCCGCCGCCGAGCCGGGCGCCCGGGGCGGAGUAGAGAGCAUGGCCGUGUCUUCUCCCCCGAGCAUUCCGGCAACUUCCAACAGCGGCAGCGGCGGCGGCGGCGGAGGUGGAGGCGGCGGGGGCGGCGGCGGCACCGGGGGCGGCGGCACCGGGGGCGGCGGGGGCGGCUUGUUCCGGGCGGACCCGCUCUAUUCCUCCAGCCCGUCCGAGUCUCCCCGGCUGGCCAGCAGCCUCAUCCACGGCUUCAUCUCCAGCGCGGCGCCCGCGGGCGGCGGCGGCGGCGCGGCGGCGGGGGCCGGCGGGGGCAACGAAUGCAAGAUGGUCGACCUGCACGGGGUGAAGGUGGCCUCCUUCGUGGUGGAAGGGCAGGAGCUGAUCUGCCUGCCGCAGGUCUUCGACCUCUUCCUGAAGCACUUGGUCGGCGGGCUGCACACGGUCUACACCAAGCUCAAGCGGCUGGACAUCGCGCCCGUGGUGUGCACCGUGGAGCAAGUGCGCAUCCUGCGCGGGUUGGGGGCCAUCCAGCCGGGCGUCAACCGCUGCAAGCUCAUCACGCGGAAGGACUUCGAAACUUUGUACAGCGACUGCACCAACGCCAGUUCACGGCCGGGGAGACCCCCCAAGCGCUCUCUGGGGGUUGCGAUACAAGAGAACACGCGUCUGCUUCCCCACGGAGUACCGGCCCUCUUAUCACCAGGGCUUAUCUCCCCAACAGGCCUCACUGCCAUGGCUGAAGCAAUGAAGUUGCAGAAGAUAAAGCUUAUGGCCAUGAAUAGCCUCCAUGGAAGUGGGAGUCAGAAUGGGACAGAAUCGGAGAAUGAAGAGCUGAAUUCUAAUGCAGGUGGAAGUGAAUCCUCGUGGGAUAAAGAGAAGCUCCAGUCUCCGAUCCCGACAGGAUCCCAUCACGGAAUUAGCCACGCGGCACUGUCAGGGCAGCCCAAUUUGGCGAGCGCUCACCCACUGAGUCCUCUGCAACAAAACCAUCUGCUCACAAACAGGAUAGAUCUACCAUUUAUGAUGAUGCCCCAUCCUCUUCUUCCAGUUGGCCUACCUCCUGCUUCUGUAGCGAUGGCCAUGAAUCAAAUGAACCAUCUCAAUACUAUAGCAAACAUGGCUGCAGCAGCACAGAUGCAUAGUCCACUUUCAAGAGCUGGAACUUCAGUAAUAAAGGAGAGGAUCCAAGACAGCCCUUCGCCUGCUCCAUCCGUAGAAGAGGGCCAACGACCCGGGAGUCACGCCUCUUCGCACCAGAGCAGCAGCGUUUCAAGUUCUCCAUCUCAAGUUGAUAACACACCAGAUAGAAUUGGUAUGUUAUCAAAUAUUAGGGAAGGAGAACCAGUAGAUCAAGAACCUGGACCCAACCCAAAAAAACUCCCAAAAGAGAAAGAAGAAGUCCAGAUCGCCAUCCCAAUAAUCAAACCAAGCCUAGAAAAGGUCCAACUGGCUGGGCAGACUUUGCCCCCUGGAUUUCCUGCACCGUUCCUCUUUGCAGAUGGGUUGUCUUCAGUGGAAACUCUAUUAACCAAUAUACAGGGGUUGCUGAAAGUCGCUGUAGAUAAUGCGCGGGUGCAGGAGAAGCAAAUCCAGCAGGAGAAGAAGGAGCUAAAGAUGGAGCUGUGCAGGGAAAGAGAAUUGAGGGAGAACCUGGAAAGACAGCUCACAGCCGAGCUGCAGAGCAGAGCCACAAUUCAAAAGCGCUUGAAAAAGGAGAAGAAAGCGAAGAGGAAAUUGCAGGAAGCUCUGGAGUUUGAAUCAAAGAGGCGGGAACAAGUGGAGCAGGCGCUGAAGCAGGCUACGUCAGGCGAUGGUCUCAGGAUGCUGAAUGAUGCUGGGAUUCCAGAGAUGGAAGUUGACCACAAUGGAACCCAACAUGAGGAUGCAGCAAUGCAAGAAAACAGAGCCUACAUCAAACCAACCAUUAUGUACUGAAGAUGCCUAAUAUGACAUGUUUGUGUGUGGGGGGGUGGGGGACAUAUAACAGUCACUCUGAAGAUUAUAUAACUCCUGCAAGAAGUCUCUUCUAACCCUUGAUGCCUUCAGUGCUGUGUGAAGACCCAGACUGGUAACAUUGCAAUAUAGACACUAGCAAGGAAUCUACAACUCCUGUGUUGAAAAAUUGCUGAAUUGUCACUGAGAAAUAUUGAGACUUGCAACUUUGCCAUACCAAACCUUUUGCAGCAGAACAUUUUAAGUCCCAGAAAACAGAAUGGGAAGGAAUUCAAUUUUAGCAUUUUUAAGCACAUAUAGGUAUGAUUCCCUGGGGCAAAUGAUGACACAUCUGUUACGAUGUCAUAAAGCAAAUUAUAUAUGUCAUCACGAUGUCAUUACUUAUUCACACCAGUUUUGCAAUGAUGUUAUGACGCAUGUGUUGUCAUUUUGAUGUCAUCAUGGCUUGUUAUGGUGCUGCAGCCACCCCCUCCAAGCAUUUACUAUUACCACAGCCUUCCGCAACUUGGCACCUUCCAGAUCUGUUGGGACUACAAAUCCCAAAGUUCCUAUCCAGCAUCGCCAGUGCAGUAUAUAGGAAAUGAACCAGGUUGAGGAUGGCUGUAUAACUGUUUAACAAUGGCACAAUUAGUUUAAUAAGCUGCAGUGGUUCUUUCUGGCUGUAUAUCUUACAUGUCCAGUUUUAUCACUAAAACAGUUCACCACAGAGCUGUUUCAAUUGUGUUUAUAAAUUUAAGCUUUGUUUACUGAAGCUGAAAACUCAAUAUAUAUUACGUUUUGAAAAGAAAAGUAUGUACAUUUUUUAAUACGAUAAUGUAAAAAUUGUCCUUCCUUAGAUGACCAACUAAAAAGUGUGAACUAAACCCCAGUACUCAACAUAGCAAGGGAUUAUAAAAUUGAUGCUUUUUUAAAAAAAAUAACUCAAUUCUGCUUGGUUUUUGGUCUUUUCACACAAGGGGACAAGGGAAGGAUGAACAUAUGGUAGGAUGUUAGAUAAUGGAAACUUUAAAAUAUAGUUUCUCUGUUGUAUCAUAUUAAGUUAAAAGUACACAUUCUUUGUUAAAAUGUUCUUGCUAAAAACUACAGUAUUAAAACAUUUUUGUUUGA